UUAUCUUCUUUCUUUUGACAGGUGGUGUUUCAUAAAAUGUCACCCAACGAGACUCUCUUUUUGGAAAGUACCAACAAGAUUUAUAAAGAUGACAUUUCCAAUAGCUCCUUUGUGAAUUUCCAGAUAUGGGAUUUUCCUGGGCAAAUGGACUUUUUUGACCCAACUUUUGACUACGAGAUGAUCUUCAGGGGAACAGGAGCAUUGAUAUAUGUCAUUGAUGCACAGGUAGAUUCCCUAGCAGCGUGGGAGAUGGAACUGCAGAGGCGUGUUGGGAGCAGACAUGCCAGUGUGCGAGUACAGAACGAUGACUACAUGGAGGCUUUAACAAGACUUCACAUUACUGUUUCUAAAGCCUACAAAGUUAACCCAGACAUGAAUUUUGAGGUUUUUAUUCACAAAGUUGAUGGUCUGUCUGAUGAUCACAAAAUAGAAACACAGAGGGACAUUCAUCAAAGGGCCAAUGAUGACCUUGCAGAUGCUGGGCUAGAAAAACUCCACCUUAGCUUUUAUUUGACUAGUAUCUAUGACCAUUCAAUAUUUGAAGCCUUUAGUAAGGUGGUGCAGAAACUCAUCCCACAACUGCCGACCUUGGAAAACCUAUUAAAUAUCUUUAUAUCAAAUUCAGGUAUUGAAAAAGCUUUUCUCUUCGAUGUUGUCAGCAAAAUCUACAUUGCAACAGACAGUUCCCCUGUGGAUAUGCAAUCUUACGAACUUUGCUGUGACAUGAUUGAUGUUGUAAUUGAUGUGUCUUGUAUAUAUGGGUUAAAGGAAGAUGGCAGUGGAAGUGCUUAUGACAAAGAAUCUAUGGCAAUUAUCAAGCUGAAUAAUACGACUGUCCUUUAUUUAAAGGAAGUGACUAAAUUUUUGGCACUGGUCUGCAUUCUUAGGGAAGAAAGUUUUGAACGAAAAGGGUUAAUAGACUACAACUUCCACUGUUUCCGGAAGGCUGUUCACGAAGUUUUUGAGGUGGGUGUGGCUUCUCACAGGAGCUGCGGUCACCAGACCAGUGCCCCCAGCCUAAAAGCGCUGACACACAACGGCACGCCACGAAAUGCCAUCUAGCCUGAAUUCCAGCUGUUGGGCUCUGUGCCAGCUUACUCUUCACUCCAGGGUCAGAUGCCACGUGCUACAGGACAGGGGAGCUGCCGCUUGUGGGAAUCCUGGUGCCUGUGCGACUAGAGACAAGGGGUAGAGUUCCUCAUUUGGAUGAAAACCCCUUCAACCAGUGGUGUGCAACUGAAGCUACUAUUUUUUUUUUUUUUUUAAUGGCAAAAAAGAAUUCUUGAGACUACAGAACUCAGUGUGUCUUUCUCCUCUUUGGGGUCCUCUUUUAAGUAGUUGGGAUAUUUUGGACCUGGAGAUAACACCAUUUACCCAUCCUUACCAGAGAAUGUUGCUGUCAAUUACCAGUUGGAAAUUAUAGAAAGAACUGAAUUUUUAUAUGCUUCACUUAGGUUUUCAUUUGAGUAGUCUCUAAGAAUCCUGCCUUGCUUAAGUUCUAACACUGCCUCUCAGAUUUCAGUUUUGGACUUUGCACACCUAAGACGUUUUAAAUGCAUUUGCUUGCUAACUCAGAAGACACAUGGUCUGACCGCAGCAAAGGACAUUCCUGUGUUUGUUACUGAAAAAACGAGAAAGUUUUAUGCUGCAUCAGGUCGAGAGCAAGGCUCAACAGU